AUGCCUUCUACGAUCUAUAUGCAAGAUGUCGAACGCCAGGUCGACCCACAGGAGUCCAAAGACAUGCCCGACUUGCGAGAACGUGCGGGGCAAGGCUGUUUCCUCUGCUUAGAGAGCCACAACCAAGGACAGUACGCUAUUCUUGUACCAUGCCGAAGAUCGACGAAGGCCAGCCGCAUUAUCGGAUGUACUAGGAACUGGGACUGCACUGGCGAUCCGAAACCAAUAUACGAGGAGACAUUGCCUUGGGACAGUGCUUGCGAAUCUGAUGACGAAAUCUACCAGAGAUUAAUUGAUACAUGUUAUCAGCAUCUGGGUUGGUGGAAGAGAUGGUUGCCUUACUUCGGAAUCACCGAAGUGCUGGAGGUAAACUUUCAAUUUGCCGGUUUUGUCGAGCCAGAUGGUCGUUGCCCCAUUCGCAUGAACCCAAUCGACCUCAAAACUGUCUCAGAAGAAUGUGAAAGGAUAAUAGCAAGGCAUCCGACCGAUCCGUACUUCGAUCUCAACGAUGCAUGCUUAAACGACUCUCAGCAUAGUGAACAAUGCCUGAUUGGUAUGCAGGAAUGGUCCCAGCCUUGUAUCAAGGUCGAAGCAGAGGAGGCAGAGCAGCGUCGUAAGCGGCUUCUGUUCCUGUCUCAUCUAAAGGAGUGUGCCCGAAACCCAGCAAGAGCCAAUGGGCUGUAUACGCUAGAAGGUUUAGCGCAAGAGAGCUGCAUCUACGACAUCAAGGGUUCGAGCCAAGUCGUAUUGCCUCUUUCAUAUCAAAAGUUCCAGGGAACAGCCUGGAUGAGAGGCAUACACUUCAUUUUAGGAUGGCAGACCGACCGAAUGCAUAUAGAAUUGCCGUUCAGAGUCUCAUGUGCUUGGUUUGGAAUUGCCUCCAUUUGGCUCAGCCUAGUACUCUGGAGGGGGGUAGGGGGAGAUUGGGGGACUGCUUUUGCAUUCGCGCAAGUUGUUGCAGCAUCCGUUGCGAUCAUCGUUACAUAUGUCCGAUCGUAG